GGGAGGAGUAGUUACUAGGCUAAUAAGGAUGAGGAGGAAAUGGAGGGGCAAACCUCGGGAGGAGUGGUUACUAGGCUAAUGUCCAAGCAGGUACGGCAGGGUGCAUGCCCCCCCCCUGAGGAUAGCCCAGAGGAUGUCCCCGUCAAAUCUCUUGCGAGUAAUAAAAGUAUAGUUAGAGAGAUGCCUUUACAGGUGCACGAUCAACCUUAUAUGGGCAAUGAUGGACGGUUACAACAUGCUAAUAUUGUGGAAUAUAAAGGAUGGCUAGAAUAGGACUUGAAAGAGUGGGGACAGUUGUCAGGGUCUUUUGGGGAAAAUCCCCGAAAGAUCAUAGAACUUCUAGAAAGAUUGUUUUUAAGUUAUAAUCCUACUUAUACGGAUGUGGAUCAGUUGUUAAGUAGAGUUUUGACCGGAGAGGAACGUAGUAGAUUGUGGAUGGCAGAAAGGACAUGGGGAGAUAGCAAUGCAGUUAAUCGUACUUGGAUGGAUAGGCGGGAUCUGGCCGCUGGCUGGAAUCCCCUAGACUGGACUCAGCCAAGGCUGACUCAGCUGCGAACAGAUCGAGAGCGAUUGUUAGAAAGACUCAAGGAAAUGGCUCGCCGCUCGCCUAAUCAGGCUAAGUUCAUGCAGAUUCGGCAGGAAUCUGAUGAGCCGCCCAGAAAGUUCUGGUCGAGGCUAUUGGAGGGGGCCCGAAUGUUCACUCAGAUGGAUCCUGAGAGAGAAGCAGACCACCCUACUCUUAUUUCAUUUUUUGUGAAUCAGUCGGUGCCCCCUGUAAGGGAUUACUUCUUAAAGUUUCGCCCUGGUUGGGGAGGUGAGUCAGUCACUUCAGUGUUGGACGUAGCUGAUUUUGCCUGGGAGAAAGAAAGGGAAAGUAGUAAAAAGAAAGAGAAAAAGGAAGAAUAUAAGCUGAUGGCUUUAGCUUUUCACGGCAGUGUUCGAGGCAAAGGCCGUGGCCGUGGCAGGGGAUUCCAGGGUGCUCGGGGAAGAGGGUCCUGGCGACCCCAGCCAUCAGGAAAUUGUUUUCAGUGCGGACAGCCCGGUCACUUUAAAUGUGAAUGCCCCUGGGGACGCCCAGAGGGUCUGGUUGCAUCCGCAGAUGCUUACACAAGUGAGGAAUACACCCCUGCACCACCAGCUCAGCCCAUUCCCCAGGCCUGGAUCAACUACGGGAAACAGCAGCAGCCGCAGCAAACUCAGCCUCCUCAAUGACGGUACCCCGGGGGCGAAGGCAAACAAUGUGAUGGUCUUAUUUCCUUAAUGUCUUUAGCCGGCUCCUUUCUCACUUUCUCCCCUCCCAGCAAAGAGCCUCGUUUAACCCUUUCAGUCCAGGGACUGCCUGUCUCUUUCCUCAUUGAUACUGGGGCUACUUUCUCUCUUUUAA